CUUGGAUUUGACAAUUACUGAAACAUGGUGUUUGCAUCAAUGACGUCUUUGCUUGGUAUGAUACCACUGCUGGCGAUCGGCAUGAACUACUAUCGCUAUCAGUACGCCGAUCCCGAGAACAAAGUGCUCGAACCACAAUACGUGAAGCGCCAGUAUGACUUUAUUGUAGUCGGAGGCGGCUCCGCGGGCGCUGUGAUUGCCAAUCGCUUGAGCGAGGUGCGCAACUGGUCGGUGCUGCUGCUUGAGGCAGGCGGCGAUGAGACCGAGAUCUCGGAUGUGCCAGCGCUAGCCGGAUACAUACAGCUGACCGAUUUGGAUUGGAAAUACCAGACGAUACCGGCGCCGGGCAAAUACUGUCAGGCCAUGAAGGGCGAUCGCUGCAACUGGCCGCGUGGCAAAGUGCUCGGUGGCAGCUCGGUGUUGAAUGCAAUGGUUUAUGUGCGAGGCUCGAAGAACGAUUACAACAAGUGGGCGGAACUCGGCAAUCCUGGCUGGGACUACCCGAACAUGCUGAAGUACUUCCUCAAAUCGGAAGAUGUGCGCAAUCCGUAUUUGGCCUCAACCAACUACCAUGAGACAGGCGGCUAUUUAACCGUGCAGGAGUCACCAUGGCGCACUCCACUCUCUAUUGCCUUUCUGCAGGCGGGCAUGGAGAUGGGCUACGAGAAUCGCGACAUUAAUGGUGCCAAGCAGACGGGAUUUAUGCUCACCCAGAGCACCAUUCGACGCGGCUCCCGGUGCAGCACCGGCAAGGCCUUCAUACGUCCCGUCCGACUGCGCAAGAAUCUCGAUGUGCUGCUGCACGCAGAGGCCACGCGUGUGCUCAUCGAUCCCAAGACGAAGCGAGCGAUGGGCGUGGAGUACAUCAAGAACGGACGGACGCAGGUGGUGCAGGCACGCAACGAGGUCGUACUCAGUGCGGGGGCACUCAAUUCACCCAAACUGCUGAUGUUGAGCGGCAUUGGACUGGCGGAUCACCUCGGUGAGCACAACAUUCCCGUGAUUUCGGAUCUGCCCGUGGGCAAUAAUAUGCAGGAUCACGUGGGCUUGGGUGGCCUAACCUUUGUGAUCGAUGCCCCGCUCACCGUGACGCGUUCACGCUUCCAGACGAUACCCGUGGCCAUGGAGUACAUAAUGCGUGAGCGCGGUCCGAUGUCAUUCUCGGGCGUCGAAGGUGUCGCUUUUGUGAAUACGAAGUAUCAGGAUCCCGCCGAGGAUUGGCCGGACAUUCAGUUCCAUUUUCUGCCCAGCUCGAUUGCCUCGGAUGCCGGCGAGCAGAUACGCAAAAUACUCAACUUGCGCGACGGUUUCUACAACACGGUGUAUAAGCCGCUGCAGCAGAGCGAAACAUGGUCGAUACUGCCGCUGUUGUUGCGACCCAAGAGCACUGGUUUUGUGCGACUCAAUUCGAGGAAUCCCACACAGCCGCCGAAAAUCAUACCCAACUAUUUUGCCCACCAGAUCGAUGUCGAUGUCCUCGUCGAGGGCAUCAAGAUGGCAAUCAACGUCUCCAAUUCGCAGGCAUUCCAGCGCUUUGGCUCUCGACUACACAACAUUCCAUUACCGGGCUGUCGUCACCAUCAAUUCGAGUCGGACGAGUAUUGGGCCUGCUGCAUCAAGCAGUUCACGUUCACCAUUUACCAUCCCUCCGGCACCUGUCGCAUGGGUCCCGCCUCGGAUCCCAUGGCCGUCGUCGAUCCGCGGUUGCGCGUCUAUGGCGUCACAGGGCUGAGAGUGGCGGAUGCCAGCAUUAUGCCCACCAUUGUCAAUGGCAAUCCGAAUGCAGGAGUCAUUGCCAUUGGGGAGAAGGCUUCGGAUUUGAUUAAGGAGGAUUGGGGCAUGCGACGUGCACCGCCGCCUGCUGCAGCUGGUUAACAUUAUUCUGUCUGUCUGUCUGUCUGCCCGUCAUUCAUUUCAUCAACUAGUCAAAUGUGUGUAUGUAAUUAUUAUUAUCGCUGGCUUUUUUUUUGUGUAUUUUUUUGUCUGAUGUUAUUGUGGCUGCAGCAGAAACAUAUUUGUGUAGUUGUUAGGGUACUAUAUACA